CAGGGUAUAAGAAGCAGCAGAGUUCACAAAGCUGUCAGUGCAAACAACGGGAUCCAAAGAGACACAACUAGGAGCCAUAAUGGACCUGCUGCACAGUGCUGGGGUGCAGGUGGUGCAGUACCUGCAGGAGAACUACCAGGGCUUCCAGGACUGGUUCCUCUUCAUCUCCUUCGCUGCCGACCUUAAAACCACAUUCUUCAUCUUCUUCCCCAUCUGGUUCUACCUCUGCGAGGCGGUGGGCGUCAAGCUGAUCUGGGUGGCCGUGAUCGGGGACUGGCUCAACCUGGUCUUUAAGUGGAUCCUCUUUGGGCAGAGACCCUACUGGUGGGUCCAUGAGACCGGUUACUAUGGCAACGCCUCCACCCCUGUGAUCCGGCAGUUCCCCCUCACCUGUGAGACCGGCCCAGGAAGCCCCUCAGGCCACGCCAUGGGUUCUGCUGGAGUCUACUACGUCAUGGUGACUGCCCUGCUGCCCUGCGUCCAGGGCACCCAGCACAGAUCCUGUGCAGCCAGGUGAGCAGGGCCUUGUGGCCUGAGGGCCUUCUCGUGGCCCGUGGCCCGUGGCUUGGGCCUGGCUCUGUGUUAGUCAGAACGGGACAGGUUUUUACUGCGCAUGACUGGAUACCUAUAACAGGGUGACUGUCCCCUUAAGGGGAAUAGGGGUCAGUCUGCUCCAUAGUGUGUCCCUUUAGGGUUCCCGGGACUUUGGGAGCAGAGGAGGACAAAGGGAAGGGCAUAAGCAGGUGUUGGGACUUGGGAGAAAGGGAGAUGGUUCGUCCUGGAGGAACAGUUAGUGCUUGGGGAAAACCCAGGCUACUGUUUCUUUAUGGGCCCAGGACCAGAGCCUGGUAGUGAGGAUGGGACGGGUCCCUUCUCCCAGCCAGCUGGGAGAAG